CUAAGCCAAGUGUGUAUUUGAUCUGCUUUCCUUGGGCCGGUGGAGGGACUUCCUACUAUACAGGAACCUGGUCAAAAUUAUUUCCAGAGCAUGUUGAAGUAAUUGAUUUUUCUACCAAUGAUUGAAAGAGGAAUGUCAGACAUGGUGUCAAUGGUGUUUUCUAGCAUUGAAACAGUCCACAGUAUUUGCUUACCAGGAAGAGAAGGAAGAUUUAAAGAACCUUUUUUAACAGAAUGGACAACACUAAUCAGCGAUCUUUGUGAUGAUAUCUACAACACUUUGGGACAGAAACAUCCUUUUAUAUUCUGGGGACAUAGUAUGGGAGCAGUUAUGUGUUUUGAAGCAGCUAGAUGUCUCAAGACAAAGCAUGGAAUAGAGCCUAUGCAUCUACUUAUUUCUAGUGCRUCUGCACCACAGGUUGUACGGAAAUCCCCCAGAAGCAUUGCUGAGAUAAGUAAUGAGCAACUUGCUGACAAGAUCAGAAACUGGGGAGGAACACCACAGGCCAUACUUGAUAAUAAGGAAAUCAUGGACAUUAGUGUUCGCAUCCUUAGAGCUGAUCUUACCCUUGUUGAGAACUACAGGUUUAUCGUCGAAGAUUCSUUUGUUCCUGUGUUGUCUUGUCCAAUUACUUGUUUUGAUGGAAAGGACGAUCUUCGAGACCAGGAAGGUUGGAGUGAAAUGACUACUGGCCACUUCGUCAGACAUGUUUUAUCUGGCGGUCACUUCUAUUUUAUGAAAAACCAAGACAACGAAAAUCAGCUUGUAGAUAUUAUCAAACAAAGCUUUCCAAGUAAUACUUGACUGUCAUGUCUUGGAAUGCUGGGGAGAAACAGAUGGCCAAGAAUUGAAUAACGCUGCAUUUUCAUACAUUUUUACACUUUUAUAGUAAACUUCCUUGUGUUUUCCAUACAUUUAUAGCAAGGAGAUCGAUAACUAAUACACUGUUGAACAGUAUA